ACAGUACUCACAUCCACCGGAGCUGUGCAUGAAAUCUGUUUGAUUCUAGCAGAAAGGGCCAUUUGAUCAGCACCAUUCAUACCUGAGACUUGGAUACAAUGACAAUCACAACACAAGACGGACUCCCACCUGACACCGAAGCUGGUGCAAAUGAAGAGCUAGAGGAGUCAAAUCAAGGGCAAGAAGAGGAGGUGAACAGUCUGAGAAGGCUCCUCAGAAAGGAAGGAGCAGAGAUAAUCCCUGCUCCUAUGGAUACCAACGUGUCAGUGUCAAGAAGAAAUUCCACCACUGUUGAACAGAUUUCCAGCACAGCAUUUACCAGAGACAGAAUAUUCAAAGCUGCAUCCAAAGGUGACGCAGCUCAGCUUCACGGCCUGCUCAAUUACCUGCGAAUUCACAAUAAGAGACUCACAAAUCCAGAAUUUAGAGAUGAAACAAAUGGCAAAACGGCACUCCUGAAAGCUCUGCUGAACCUGAAAGAUGGCAGAAAUGACACCGUUGAGGUUUUUCUUGAUAUAGCUGAAAAAACUGGAGAUUUAGAAAAUUUGAUCAAUGCAUCCUACAAUGACAUUUACUAUAAAGGCCAGACGGCUCUGCACGUCGCCAUUGAGAGACAGAGCUUCGUUCAUGUGAAGCUGCUGGUGCAGAAAGGAGCAGAUGUGCAAGCCAAAGCCAAUGGGACCUUCUUCCAGCUCAAUACAGGACUGGGCUUUUAUUUUGGUGAGCUUCCUCUGUCACUGGCCGCCUGCACCAACCAGCUUAACAUGGUGUCGUUCCUCAUGGAGAACCCAUACAGAAAUGCCGACCUGACGGACAAAGACUCCCAGGGAAACACGGUCCUGCAUGCCCUGGUGGCCAUAGCGGACAAUUCAGCAGAAAACACGGAUUUGAUCACAAGGAUGUAUGACAUGAUCCUGAUUCAGCACAACAGACUUGUGAAGGAAAAGAAAGGGAAGCUGGAGUCCAUUGAAAACAACCAGAGGCUGACUCCACUUAAGUUAGCAGCUAAGAUGGGAAAGACAGGGCUGUUUAGACACAUGCUGCAGCGCGAGUUCAUGGAGGAGGAGACGAGGCCGCUGUCCCGGAAGUUCACAGAAUGGGUGUACGGACCGGUCCACUCCUCGCUGUACGACAUGAGCUCCAUCGACACCAAUGAGGACAACUCUGUACUGGAGAUUGUUGUCUUUGGUAGUGACAUUCCGAACCGUCAUCAGAUGCUCCAGAUUGAGCCUCUUCGCAGUCUCCUCGAGGAUAAGUGGGACAAGUUUGCUGCUAAAUUAUUCUUGAUGAAUUUCCUGUUUUAUCUUGUGUACCUGGGCAUCUUCACUGCUGUGGCCUGCUACAGAAAGGAAGGGCAGCCGCCAUUUCCUGUUGAAGACAACCCGCUUGACCGCCUUCGUUGCGCUGGCGAGGUCAUAAGCAUCCUGGGAGCAGUCCACUUUUUCUGUAAAGCGAUAAUCAACUUUAAGAGGAACCCCCCAAAUUUCAAAGCUCUGUACCUCGAUGGAUUCAGUGAAAUUCUGUUCUUUUUGCAGGCUCUUCUCCUCCUGCUCUGUGCAGUUUUGUAUGGCUUUGGCCGGCGCGAGUACGUAGGACUUCUGGUGCUCUCGCUGGCUCUUGCCUGGAUCAAUACUCUCUACUAUGCAAGAGGCUCCAAGCAAAUGGGAAUGUACAGCGUCAUGAUGCAGAGAAUGAUCCUGGGUGACAUGUUGCACUUCCUGUUUGUCUACGCUGUCUUCCUCUUUGGAUUUUCUGCAGCUGUGGUUGCUCUUAUAGAGGAUUCCUUGCCUGAGCAAGCGAGGAAAUUUGGCACCCGUUCGUUUCAGUGCGAGAAGCCAAGUUACAACGACAUCCGUUUCACGAUGCUGGAGCUGUUCAAGUUCACCAUCGGAAUGGGAGACCUGGAGUUCACUGAUCAUGUUCAGUACAAGGAGGUCUUCUACAUCCUGCUAAUCUCCUACAUUGUGCUCACCUAUAUCCUGCUGCUCAACAUGCUCAUCGCUCUGAUGGGCGACACAGUGGAGAGAAUCAACAGAGAGAGUGAAAACAUCUGGAAGCUGCAGAGGGCCCUCACCAUUUUGGACAUGGAGAGAAAUGUGCCAAGGGCCCUGAGGAGUAAAUUGUACUCAGGAGUGGUGAAGACACUGUUUUUCAGCUGUGGGCAAGACGAAUCUCGCAGAUUUCUCAGGGUGGAGGAAACGAAUUGGAAAAAAUGGCGGUCAGUUCUUGGGGUCACACAGGAAGAAGAUCCUGGGAAUAACAUCAUCAGACCACAACCUGAAGAGACUCCUGCACCUCACAAGAGUGCAUGGAAGCUUAGUCCUCUGUUGACGAGGCUUCGUGCCAGACGUCACCUGCCGCAGGACAUGAGCAUCCUCUGAGUUCAUCAAAGCAUCAAGAUUCAGGGAUAAAAUUUAAAAGCUGGACGUUCAGAAUCAAGUCUCAGGGA